UGGAGAGGAUCCCCGCGGGGAGGAGCCGCUCCUGCGCUCAGUCUCCGACUGCCCACGUUCACUAAUGGCUCCGAGGAGACGAAAGAAGGAAACGUAUUCGAUUCAGAGCGGUUGUUAAGGAUCUUCGACAGAGUUCGGCUUCACUUGUUGCUAAGGUCCGGGCCAGCAGCAGCAGCAGCAGCGGCGGCGGCGGCGCCUCGGGGCCGAGUCUCAGUUUUGACCAUGUCUGAUGGGGAGUACGAUUACCUCAUCAAGUUCCUAGCCCUGGGAGACUCGGGCGUGGGGAAGACCAGCUUCCUCUACCAGUACACAGACGCUAAGUUCAACUCCAAGUUCAUCACAACCGUUGGAAUUGACUUCAGAGAGAAGAGAGUGAUCUAUAAAUCAACCGGUCCAGACGGGUUGACCACCCGAGGUCAGAAGAUCCACAUGCAGCUGUGGGACACAGCAGGACAGGAGAGGUUUCGGAGUUUGACAACGGCGUUCUUCAGAGAUGCGAUGGGUUUCCUUCUUCUGUUUGACCUCUCCAAUGAACAAAGUUUCCUCAAUGUCAGGAACUGGAUGAGCCAGCUCCAAGUCCAUGCAUAUUGCGAAAAUCCAGAUGUGGUUCUGUGUGGGAACAAGUGUGACCUGCUGGAUCAGAGAGCCAUCAGCGAGGAGGAAGCCCGGGAGCUGGCGGAGAAGUACGGGGUUCCAUACUUUGAGACCAGCGCAGCAAACGGACAAAAUGUCAAUGAAGCCGUGGACGUCCUGCUGGACCUCAUCAUGAAGAGGAUGGAGCGAUGCGUGGACAAGUCCUGGAUCCCUGACGGAACCGUCCGGGCCAACGGACCCUCUUACUCGGAAGUGGAUGGCGCAGAGAGGAGCAAAUGUGCGUGUUAGAUUCACGACCUUGAUUUGUUUUCUGCUGUUUCCUGAACAUGGCUGUAUAACAUAGGAAGAGAAAGUCGUUUUAAUGCAAGUGUCCUUUUGCUUUUAACUGGGCUCCGACUUUGCUGAUAAGAGCCUGAAAUAUUGGGUUCAGCUGAUUUAAGGGUUGUGUGUUAUAGUUAUUUAUUACUGCACAAAACUGAAUGAAUACGAUUGACCCAAACACCAAUGUGGGACGGUUUUACGCGUGACACAAUUCUCACCCGGGACAAUUCAGAAAUGCUUCUGUUUCAGCAGCAGUCAGCCGAGUCUACAUACCCUCUGGUACAAUUGUAUUAAUGUGCCAUUAUGUGUCAUUUUUUCUGUUAGAGAUGUUCACAUAUACAUUUCACUUUUUAACUAUAUUUGGUGCCAAUUUUUAGGCUUUUUGAAGGAUUAUAAUUGCAUGAGAGGACUUGAAUAUAUUUACAUUGACUGCAGGUCAAUCACCAGGUGCCUCACAAAGAAAAAGGAAAGAUUGAAUCAAUCAAAAAUAGAUUAUCCACUGUGUUUGCUAUCUACACUGAGUCGUCACCACGGGGUUUGUCCUGCUUAUCUGCAUUACACUGGAAUACAGAUGUAUUUUAGAGAAAAUAUUUUAUAUGAAUUAAUAUAGUCUGCAGUCACUGUACUUCACAAUGUUUCUUACAUCAUCUGUUGAUUUUGUUUAAAAACUAAAUA